AAAACAUCCCUCCGUACCCGGGACCAAACAGGAUGAGGGACUGUUUCUGCACCGUCAACCUGGACCAGGAGGAGGUCUUCAGGACCAAGAUUGUCGAGAAGUCACUGUGUCCGUUUUACGGGGAGGACUUCUACUGCGAGAUCCCACGUAGCUUCAGACACCUCUCUUUUUACAUUUUCGACAGAGACGUGUUCAGGAGGGACUCCAGUAUCGGUAAGGUCGCCGUGAAAAGAGAGGACCUGCAGAAAUAUCACGGGAAAGACACCUGGUUCCAGCUGCAGCCCGUCAGCGCUGACUCAGAAGUUCAGGGAAAGGUGCACCUGGAGCUGCGUCUGAGCGAAGUCAUCACCGACAGCGGAGUCAUCAGCCACAAGCUGGCGACACG